AUGCUUUCAGGAGCUGUUCUAAUCACAGGUUAUGGGCUGUAUCUGCUCUGCCUAUGUAUCUAUCGAUUAUUUUUCCAUCCAUUAGCCAGAUAUCCCGGUCCCAAGAUCGCAGCCCUCACCGUAUGGUAUGAAUUUUACUAUGAUGCCAUCCAGCGAGGUCGCUAUACAUUUAAAAUCCAGCGCAUGCACGAGAAGUAUGGGCCGAUCGUCCGCAUCAGUCCAAAUGAACUCCACGUCAACGACCCAAAUUUCAUCGACGACCUUUACGCUGGUGGCGGAAAGAAACGCGACAAGUAUCCCUACUUCAGCGCGCAGUUUGGCAUUCCAGAUAGUGUAUUUGGCACGCCAGGCCAUGAUUUACACAGACUCCGUCGCGGAGCUUUGAACCGCUUCUUCUCCAAGGCUUCGGUGACCAAGCUGGAACCCAUCAUCCACCGUGCCAUCGAAAAGCUUGUGGCCCAGCUUGAGCAUCACUACACCGGAACAAACAGCCCUGUCACUAUGACCAUGGCCUUUAGCUGCAUGACCACAGAUAUUGUUACCGAGUACGCAUUCGCAAAGAGCUACGGUUUCCUCGACUCGGCGACCUUCGAACCAAAUUUCCAUCGCGCCAUCAUUGCUGGUAGCGAUAUGGGGCCAUGGAUUAAGCAGUUCCCGUGGUUGAUAUCAUUAAUGAACAAACUACCACAAACGAUCGUCGCCCGCAUUAACCCUGAGGCGAUGGUGUACGUGCAGUUUCAGGAAGACAUUCGCCGACAAAUCCGCCAAGCACAAGAUCGUAUUGCAUCAGGGGAGAAGCCAGCAGACGGAGGCCUGACACGCACAAUCUUUCAUGAGCUUCUCACCGGGGACCUACCAGAGCAGGAGAAGCAACUCGAACGUCUUUGGCAGGAAGGCCAGAUUGUCGUCGGAGCCGGGACGGAGACUACCGCCUGGACGCUAUCGGCAACUCUAUUCUAUCUUUUGGAGAACGCGACAGUGCUUGGAAAGCUCCAGGAUGAGUUGGCUACCGCCAUCCCUGACCCGAGCGAGCGAGUCAGUUGGAGCUGCCUUGAGCAACUUCCUUACCUCAGUGCGGUAAUCUGUGAGGGUCUUCGGUUAUCGUAUGGUGUCAGUACGCGCCUUCAGCGGAUUAACCCCCUGGGUCCAUUCCAUUUUAGAACCCAAGUGAGCGACGGAAUCGAUGGCAGUCGUUGCAUGGAGUAUGUGAUUCCUCCGGGUACACCAGUGGGAAUGACAGCGACCUUGAUCCAUGCGCACCCAGAGCUUUUCCCCAAUCCUUACACGUUCAAACCCGAACGAUGGCUCGAUGAAAAUGGAAUGCGGCAUCAUCAUCUUGACGGCUAUCUUCUGUCAUUCUCACGAGGUAGUAGACAAUGUCUUGGAAUUAACUUGGCCUACGCGGAGCUCUACAUGGGGAUCGGACUGUUGGUUCGCCGCCUUGGGUCCCGGAUGAAGUUGUUCGAGACUACCCGAGAGGACGUUGAGAUUCACUAUGAUCGCUUUGUGCCGACACCAAAGGACGGGACAAAAGGGAUUCGGGUUUUGGUGACGGAGUAG